UUGGCAACAACAGUCCAUAAGGCUCUCCGUACGUAACGAUGAGAGUAAUGUGAUGCGACGUGUUUGAUCGAUGCGAAACAUGAUCCCACCCCUUGCUUCCUGUUCUGUUCCUGUAAUUAUGGUGCCGCUAAUCCAAAGCCAAUCACCACACAUGCUUCUCUAACUUCUCCUCACAGCCCUCGAGAUCAAGACGACGAAGAAGAAGAAGACAAUCCAACAAACGAACGACACGAUGCAUGUGAUGAAUGCGGUAAUUGAGCACGACGCCAAAUCCAUAUCCUUUGGAUCCCUCUGGUGGUUCAUCUACGCCGGUUUCUCCUGUUUUCUCGUUCUCUUCGCCGGCAUCAUGUCCGGCCUCACCCUCGGUCUUAUGUGUCUCAGCGUCGUUGACCUCGAGAUUCUUCAACGCAGCGGUACUCCCACUGAGAAAAUGCAAGCAGCCACGAUACUUCCGGUGGUUCAAAAACAACACCAGCUUCUUGUAACUCUGCUGCUUUGCAAUGCUGCCGCCAUGGAGGCCCUUCCAAUAUACCUAGAUAGAAUAUUUAAUGAAUACGUUGCUAUCAUACUCUCAGUCACCUUUGUUCUGGUUUUUGGAGAGGUUAUCCCACAAGCAAUCUGUACUCGAUAUGGUCUUGCUGUCGGUGCAAAUGUCAUAUGGCUUGUGCGAAUUUUAAUGAUAAUCUGUUAUCCCAUCGCUUAUCCCAUUGGAAAGAUCCUGGAUUUCUUAUUGGGACAUAAUCAGGCUUUAUUUAGGCGUGCCCAGUUAAAAGCUCUUGUCUCCAUCCACAGUCAGGAGGCAGGGAAAGGGGGUGAACUCACGCAUGAUGAGACAACAAUUAUCAGUGGAGCUCUAGAUUUGACUGAAAAGACUGCUCUCGAGGCCAUGACUCCCAUUGAGUCAACAUUUUCCUUGGAUGUUAAUUCAAAGUUAGACUGGGAGGUAAUGGGAAAAAUUCUUGCUCGUGGACACAGCCGAGUUCCAGUCUACUCUGGACAUCCGAAGAAUAUCAUUGGGCUUCUGCUGGUCAAAAGUCUUCUCACUGUUAGACCAGAAACAGACACCCCUGUUAGUGCUGUUUCCAUCCGAAGAGUUCCACGGUGUGCUUUUCAGCAUAAAUUUCUCGUUAUUCCCUUUUCUAGGAAAAUAAUUGUGAAAUAUCACGAGUUUGUGUGUAAAUGUAUUUACAGAGUUCCAUCAGAUAUGCCUCUUUAUGAUAUACUGAAUGAAUUCCAAAAAGGUAGCAGUCAUAUGGCUGCUGUUAUAAAAGUUCAAGGAAAAGGCAAGAUGACUCCAGCAACAGUUGAGGGGCAGAUAAAUGAAGAAGACAAGAGUAAUGUUGGGGAUUCACAGCUGACCACUCCUUUGCUAAUGAAGCAGAAGUCAGAAAGUGUUGUUGUAGACAUUGACCACCAUUCAAAUCCUUCCUAUAUCAAUCAAACUUCUUCGAGUAAGGCCCCAACAAAUGAUCUAUUUUCAAUGGAUGUUGAACAUGAAGUGAUAGGUAUUAUCACACUGGAAGAUGUAUUUGAGGAACUUCUGCAGGAAGAGAUUGUAGAUGAAACGGAUGAAUAUGUUGAUGUGCACAAGAGAAUACGUGUAGCUGCCGCAGCUGCUGCUUCCUCAAUGGCACGCUGUCCAUCUAUCCGGAGAUUGACUGCCCUGAAGGGAGCAUCUGCGGCUGGUAUAAAUUGUGGAAUCAACAAUCUGUUUUUUGAUCAUCCAGGGAGGCCAAAUCAAGCAAGGGAGUACCCCAAGAAAAUCUACUGAAGAUGAAAAUAACAUUACAAGUUUCCAAGGGAGCUCUGUUGAGCCUCUUGAGAAUAAGAGAUGAAAUGAAUUUUUUCCAAAUUAGUGAGGUUUGGUCGGAUUAUCAUCAUUUUUUUUUGGGGUGCUUUUUGGGUCAGUAACAUUAUGUUAAAAAAAAAAAAGGAUGAUUUGAUUAUUUUUUUAAUCUUCUUUUUGGAAGGGAAUAAAUUCAUGUGUAUGUAUAUAUAUUAUUACCAGAGCACAACCUUUUGGGCAACUUUAACUGCGAAAGGAAUCACACUUUGGCAAUAGAUGUAACCUAACAAUCUGAUUAAUUUCCUGUAAAUAAAUACAUA